AUGCAAGCAGUAACAGAGCAAAUCAUCGAACAGCUAAUCAAGCUAAUAAAGCUUACCAUAAUGUUUUUCCAAGUCCUCCUAGUCCUCAUCGAACAGCUGAACAAGCUAAUCAAGUACUUGUUCCAACAACAAAGAAAGGUUCAAGUGCCCUUGGGUUACCAAAAUAUUGUGAAGAAAAAUUCUCCCCUUGAAGCAAAGAAGAAACCCGCUAGUGGUCAACGCUCAAAAUUCCUUUGCAGUAUAUGUUUUGAUUCCAAGGCAGAGUCUGAUAUGUUCAGAGGAGGUGAGUGCAACCACCCCUUUUGCACUGAUUGUAUAUCCAAGCACGUUGCUACUCAAAUACAGCAAAAUAUUCUCAAUGUUUAUUGUCCAAAUCCAAAUUGUUCUAUGGAAUUGAAGCCACAACAUUUGCAAACCACUUUGCCUAAAGAUUUUAUUGAUCGUUGGGAAUCUGCAAGAUUGGAGUCUUCAAUUGCUGCUUGGCAAAAGACUUAUUGUCCCUUUAAGAAUUGCUCAGUUUUGUUGGUGAAUGAUGGAAGAGAAGUUGUGACCGAGUCAGAGUGCCCCUUCUGUCACAGGCUAUUUUGUGCGCAGUGCAAGGUUCCAUGGCACGCACAAAUGAAUUGCAAGAAAUUCCAAAAAAAGGUUCCAGGUCAACGCUCAAAAAGAAAGGUUCAAGGUCAACGCUCAAAAAGAAAGGUUCAUGGUCAACGCUCAAAAUUCCUUUGCAGUAUAUGUUUUGAUUCCAAGGCAGAGUAUGAUCUGUUCAGAGGAGGUGAGUGCAACCACCCCUUUUGCACUGAUUGUAUAUCCAAGCACGUUGCUACUCAAAUACAGCAAAAUAUUCUCAAUGUUCAUUGUCCAAAUCCAAAUUGUUCUAUGGAGUUGAAGCCACAACAUUUGCAAACCCUUUUGCCUAAAGAAGUUAUUGAUCGAUGGGAAUCUGCAAGAUACGAGUCUUCAAUUGCUGGGUGGCAAAAGACUUAUUGCCCCUUUAAGGAUUGCUCUGUUUUGUUGGUUAAUGAUGGAGAAGUUGUGAUCCAGUCAGAGUGCCCCUUCUGUCACAGGCUAUUUUGUGCGCAGUGUAAGGUUCCAUGGCACGCACGAAUGAAUUGCAACGAAUUCCAAAAGUUGAAAAAUGGUAAACGUGACAAUGAUUUGGAUAGGAAGUUUUUGGAGUUAGCCAAAGGGAAAAUGUGGCAGAAAUGUCCCAAAUGCUAUAUGUAUGUCCAAAGACGUAGUGGAUGUGAACACAUGACCUGCAGGUGUGGAUGCCACUUCUGCUACCAAUGUGGAGAGAAUUGGAAGUUUGGACAUUUGUGCUGUAGGCUUCGGUCCAAAUAAAACUGGGU